AUGUCUCUCAACUCCGAUUACGAACUGCCGCCCAACACCUACCUCGAAGCUGCCGUGCAAGACCCCAAUGGCAUACUACCCAUUCCGCUCGAUGUGCCGAAGCCCAACGGUACGCACAAGCCUUCGGAAUCCGAACCGGUCACCAAUGGCAGCUUCGACACGAUAGAGGAGCAGCUGCCUGAGCCCCAGCCGGAGCCGGUAGACUCGAAUGGCUCGCUCACCAAUGGCGAGUCUCACACACCGAACGAGUAUAUUGGAGCAGGCCUCGAUUACCUUCCCAGGAGCCCCACGCGCAAGGGACACAGCAGAAGGAGUUCAAGACAACACAGCAGUCCCAAGCAUGAGCGGCAUGAGAAGGAGUCGUCCAAUGAGAACAACAUCGUCUACGAGAAGUUUGAGGAUAAAGCCGGAGACCGGCUGAUGAGUGUCAAACCAGACGACGACUGGGAGAAAGCGCUCCGACUCGAUAAGAAAGAGAGGAAGCCCCAGUCACAAGCAGGCAAGGACAAGCUCGCCAGCGGCCGUCAAGCGGGAACAGGAUGGGACCGCAGCGCCAUCCGCUUUGCGCCCCUGAACAUUCCCCUCAAGCGCCGCCUCCAAACCCUCGCCGUCCUCCUCCACACCCUCAGCAUCGCUCUCAUGCUCACCACCUUCUUCCUGCUCUGCUCAAUCCCCCUCCUCUGGCCGCUCCUAAUCCCCUACCUCCUCUUCUGCCUCUUCAGCCGCGCCCACACCUCCGGCGAGCUCUCCUACCGCUCGGAGCGCAUGCGUCGACUUCCAUGGUGGUCCCUUUUCGCGUCCUACUUUCCCGCGCGUCUGCACCGCACCUGCCCGCUCCCGCCAACCCGCAAGUACAUCUUCGGAUACCACCCGCACGGCAUCAUCUCCCACGGUGCCUUCGCGGCCUUCGCAACCGAGGCAUUGGGUUUCGGUCAGCUGUUCCCGGGUAUUACGAACACGCUGUUGACGCUCGAUAGCAACUUCAGGGUCCCGCUAUAUAGGGACUACGCCCUGCGCCUGGGCCUCGCGUCCGUGAGCAGGGAGAGCUGCGAGAACCUUCUAAGCCGUGGCGGCCCGAACGGCGAAGGCAUGGGCCGUGCGAUCACGAUCGUGAUCGGCGGCGCGCGAGAGUCGCUCGAUGCGGUCCCUGGGCAUCUGCGUCUUGUGCUCAACAGCCGCAAAGGCUUCGUCAAGCUGGCUAUUCGUCAGGGCGCGGAUCUAGUGCCUGUGCUUGCAUUUGGCGAGAAUGACUUGUAUGAGCAGGUUGAGAAGGAGGAGCAUCCGUGGAUACAUCGGGGGCAGUUGAUGGUGAAGAAGGCGUUGGGGUUUACGGUGCCGCUGUUUCAUGCGAGGGGAGUGUUCAACUAUGAUGUUGGCAUGAUGCCGUAUCGACGGCCGGUCAAUAUUGUGGUCGGUAAGCCGGUUAAGGUGAUCAGGCAGGAGAGGCCGGAGCAGGCAUAUGUGGAUCAGGUGCAUGAGAGGUAUGUGGAGGAGCUGGUGGGGAUUUGGGACCAAUGGAAGGAUACAUUUGCGAGGGAUAGACAAGGUGAGUUGGAGAUUGUGGAUUAG